AUGUCUGAUGCAGCGUCUCGGAAAGAAGCAGAUCAUAUGGACGCAGCCACCGACUCAAGUAAUCCGUUAGGCGGCUUUCCAGCCGACGGUCUCUUCAUCUCUACAGCCUGGUCGGAAGAUAUUUGGGACAGGUAUAUUCGUGACCUAAAUGGCAAGGUCGCCAAGCACAGGGCACAGUGGUACGUUGUAGGGGCCCAGUUUGUCUGUGGUGUCACGGUUGUUGGCAUGACUGCCUGUGGUGGUAUCUUCACCCCUCCCCCUCCCCUCCCCUCUCCCCCACCAGCUUACCAGAGGCAGCUCCCCUCCGUCUUCCUUGCUCCCGAACAACCCUCAUCCUCCUCCCCGUCUUUUUUCUUCCUCCCAUCCCACAUCUUUUUUCCCUUCAAUUCGCGUUGCUUCUUUGCUACCCUCCUCCUCUGCUACAAAUCUCCCACCAUGGCGCCCCUCCCCGCGGCGUCUCUGCCUCAGCAGGCCCUGACCUUCAACGACGUCUUUGAAGAUGUCGACGACGAGCCCCAGCAGCAGCACACGGUCCAGCACAUCCGCGCCAAUUCGAGCAUCAUGCAGCUCAAGAAGAUUUUGGGCCUCUACUCUCAGUCGCCAACCGUGGUGAAAUCCCUAUUCGAGUAUGCAAUCAUUCUUCAAAAUCAAACAAUGGUGCCCAAUUGGCCUUCGUUUAUGCUGACUCCAGUCUCUCUGCGCUCUAGAUCUUCAGAACUCUAUGAGGAUCGUCUAAGCAUGCAUCGUCAAAAGGCCGACGAAGCCUACGUUAUCGGAAAGCGCGGCCAAUAUACCCCUGUCGGUGCCUAUCUCGCUGGCGACGAAAUUAUUAAGAUUGCGGUCCAGCACGGCGCUCAACUCAUCCAUCCCGCACUUCCCGAGCUUACUCCACUAGGUUACGGUUUCCUCUCCGAAAACGCCGAAUUCGCGCGCAACGUCGAAAAGGCUGGUCUCAUCUUUGUUGGCCCCUCUCCCGACGUGAUUGACGCCCUCGGUGACAAGGUUUCUGCCAGAAAGCUUGCCAUCGCAGCUCAAGUACCCGUCGUCCCCGGUACCGAGGGUGCUGUUGCCACCUUCGAGGAGGUCAAGUCCUUCACCGAUGAGUAUGGUUUCCCCAUCAUCAUCAAGGCUGCUUACGGCGGUGGUGGCCGUGGUAUGCGUGUAGUCCGCGACCCCGAUACCCUCCAGGAGAGCUUUGAGCGUGCCACCUCCGAGGCCAAGUCCGCCUUUGGUAAUGGUACCGUCUUUGUCGAGCGCUUCCUUGACAAGCCCAAGCACAUUGAGGUUCAACUUCUUGGUGACAACCACGGCAACAUUGUCCACCUGUACGAGCGUGAUUGCUCUGUCCAGCGUCGCCACCAAAAGGUGGUCGAAAUUGCUCCCGCCAAGGAUCUUCCCGUCGAGACCAGAGACGCUAUUCUCGCCGACGCGGUCAAGCUCGCCAAGUCGGUCAACUACCGCAACGCCGGUACCGCUGAGUUCCUUGUCGACCAGCAGAACCGCUACUACUUUAUCGAGAUCAACCCCAGAAUCCAGGUCGAGCACACCAUCACCGAAGAAAUCACUGGCAUCGACAUCGUUGCUGCUCAGAUCCAGAUCGCUGCUGGCGCUACUCUUGCCCAGCUCGGCCUGACUCAGGACCGCAUCUCUACCCGCGGCUUCGCUAUUCAGUGCCGUAUCACUACAGAGGACCCUGCGAAGCAGUUUCAGCCUGACACCGGAAAGAUUGAGGUCUACAGAACUGCCGGUGGUGCCGGUGUCCGUCUCGACGGUGGCAACGGUUUCGCCGGUUCCGUCAUCACACCUUUUUACGAUUCCAUGUUGGUCAAGUGCACUUGCCACGGCUCCACCUACGAAAUCGCCCGCAGAAAGGUACUGCGUGCCCUCAUUGAGUUCCGUGUCCGUGGUGUCAAGACCAACAUUCCCUUCUUGGCUCGUCUGCUCACCCACCCCACCUUCAUUGACAGCAACUGCUGGACCACUUUCAUUGAUGACACUCCCGAGCUCUUUGAUCUUCUUAGCAGCCAGAACAGAGGCCAGAAGCUGCUCGCUUACCUCGGCGAUGUUGCCGUCAACGGCAGCUCUAUCAAGGGUCAGAUCGGUGAGCCCAAAUUCAAGGGCGAAAUCAUCAUUCCCGAAAUCGUCCGAUCCGAUGGUACAAAGGUCGACGUCAGCGAGCCUUGCCAGAAGGGGUGGAGAAAUAUUCUCGUCGAGCAGGGCCCCAAGGCCUUUGCCAAGGCCGUUCGCCAGAACAAAGGAUGCCUUCUCAUGGAUACCACUUGGCGUGAUGCUCACCAGUCUCUUUUGGCCACUCGUGUCCGUACUGUUGAUCUGCUCAACAUUGCCAAGGAGACCAGUCACGCCCUGUCCAACCUCUUCAGCUUGGAAUGCUGGGGUGGUGCUACUUUUGAUGUUGCCAUGCGCUUCCUCUACGAGGAUCCCUGGGAUCGUCUCCGCAAAAUGCGCAAGCUUGUUCCCAACAUUCCCUUUCAGAUGCUUCUCCGUGGCGCCAACGGUGUAGCAUACUCUUCUCUCCCCGACAAUGCCAUUGACCAGUUUGUCGAACAGGCCAAGAAGAACGGUGUUGAUAUUUUCCGUGUCUUUGAUGCUCUGAACGAUAUUGAUCAACUCGAGGUUGGUAUCAAGGCUGUCCACAAGGCUGGUGGUGUUGUUGAGGGUACCGUCUGCUUCAGCGGUGACAUGCUCAACCCCAAGAAGAAGUACAACUUGGAGUACUAUCUUGACCUUGUCGAAAAGCUCGUCAAGCUCGAUAUUCACAUUCUUGGUAUCAAGGAUAUGGCUGGUGUUCUCAAGCCCCACGCUGCUACCCUCCUUAUCGGCGCCGUUCGCGAAAAGUACCCCGACCUGCCUAUCCACGUGCACACCCACGACUCUGCCGGUACUGGUGUUGCCUCCAUGGUUGCUUGCGCCAAAGCCGGUGCCGAUGCUGUCGACGCCGCCACCGACAGUCUGUCUGGUAUGACUUCUCAGCCCAGCAUCAACGCCAUCUUGGCCUCACUUGAGGGCACUGGCCUUGAGCCUGGUCUGGAUCCUCACCAAGUUCGCGCCCUGGAUACCUACUGGUCGCAGCUCCGUCUCCUCUACUCUCCUUUCGAGGCCCAUCUCGCCGGACCCGAUCCCGAGGUUUACGAGCACGAGAUCCCUGGUGGCCAGCUCACCAACAUGAUGUUCCAAGCCUCCCAGCUCGGCCUUGGCUCCCAGUGGCUUGAGACCAAGAAGGCUUACGAGCAGGCCAACGAUCUCCUUGGCGAUAUUGUCAAGGUCACACCCACCUCCAAGGUUGUUGGUGAUCUUGCGCAAUUCAUGGUCUCCAACGGGCUUGAUGCUGAGGCUGUCAAGGCUCGUGCCGGCGAGCUCGACUUCCCUGGCUCUGUUCUGGAAUUCCUUGAGGGCAUGAUGGGUCAGCCAUACGGCGGAUUCCCCGAGCCUCUCCGAACCGAUGCUCUACGUGGACGCCGCAAGCUUGACAAGCGCCCUGGUCUCUACCUCGAACCUGUCGACUUUGCUCAAGUCAAGAAGGACCUGGGCAAGAAAUACGGUGCACCCGUUACCGACUGCGAUAUUGCUUCUCAUGUCAUGUACCCCAAGGUCUUUGAAGACUACCGCAAGUUUGUCGCUGAGUACGGUGAUCUCUCUGUCCUUCCCACUCGCUUCUUCCUUUCCAAGCCUGAGAUUGGUGAAGAGUUCAACGUUGAGCUCGAGAAGGGCAAGGUUCUGAUCUUGAAGCUUCUUGCUGUCGGUCCCCUAAGCGAGAAUACUGGCCAGCGUGAGGUCUUUUUCGAGAUGAACGGCGAGGUCCGCCAGGUCACUGUCAUUGACAAGACGGCUGCCGUUGAGAACGUCAGCCGUCUCAAGGCUGAUGCUACCGACUCGAGCCAGGUUGGUGCUCCUAUGUCUGGUGUUCUAGUCGAGAUGAGAGUGCAUGAGGGCUCGGACGUUAAGAAGGGCGACCCUCUGGCUGUCUUGUCGGCCAUGAAGAUGGAAAUGGUUAUUUCUGCCCCCCACAGCGGCAAAGUUGCCAAUCUGCAGGUCAAAGAGGGUGACUCUGUGGACGGCUCCGACCUUGUCUGCCGCAUCACCAAAUAA